AAGCCUGAGCAAGUGAAAUGGAUUUGUAGAAAGACAUCUACCUCUCCAAUCAGGGUCGUUAAAAAUAAAUAUGCACGAGAAAAUGCCACAUCAUGAAUUUCUAAGGCACAAAUAAACGUGUUGUGCAAGGUGUUUUAGCACCUGAAGUACUAGAAUCGUUAUUAUUAUCACAAUCAAGACAUUUCACAUUGUAGGUUCGCUUUUAAGUUGUAUGAAUUCGGUAAGCAUGAGUACUACAGAAGCGAUGACCGUAUCGGCAUCGAAAUAAUUGUACCAACAUGUGAUUGCGGGAUGAAAACUUGAUUCGGUGACAAGGCGAAAUUAUGUUUAAUUAUAGAUAAAAAAAUUGACAACUUCAAUAGCCAAAUGAAAUAUCAAGAUCAAAUUAUAUUCAAAACUAGGGCAAGCAAAUCUCUUGAAGCACAUUUAAUAUCAAAGAAGCUGAGCAAUUGGCCAGACCAGAAAAACCUUAAACUUAGUGGCACAGUGUAGGCCAUUCUUAAGCAUGACGAGCCAUUAUAAAUUGAUUUAACGUUCUUGAUCAUAUUAUUAAGAGAUACAGAUGUUCUUCCACUAUUUCUUGGUAGUUAUAUUGUGCAGCAAGAGUGGCAUACCUUCUAUUUUUGCUGCGGAAGGUCUUCAAAUGCAAGCAAAAACAUCCAGCUCUGAUGAAUCCACCAGCUUCGAUACAAUUUCUUCAUCAUCAACUGAACAUGAUACUGAAAACUACCCUGAAGACUUUAACGAUAAAUACCAAUCACGAAACUGGACCAAAGAACAGCUGACUACAUUGCUGGAACAACACGGCUACUUGGUAAAGAUAGGACACGGAGGCUGGCCUCUUGGGAUGAUAGGCGAUGUCGCCUAUUAUCCGGAAGAGCUGCUCCCCGAACUCGGUGCAAUGCACGAGCGACGAAACCUACUGGUUACAGAAAAACUCUGGGUGAACGGUGACGCAGAAACUGUAGUGCCCUUUUACUAUGACACAGGAUCCCAGGCAGACCAUCAGGUCUUCGAAGAAGCUGUAAAAAGCUGGGCAGACCAUACAUGCAUUAAGUUUACCAAGAAGGCACCCAACAAGUGCAAUGUAGACAUUGGUGAAGCCGCCGUUUGUGUGGGCAAUUUCGGCGGAUGCUUUUCGCUGCUAGGUAAAAAGUAUGGACCACGCAUGCGCUCCUCCCAGCAAAUGUCGGUGCAGCCCAAUGGAUGUGAAAAUGUGGCCGCAGCACAUGAAUUCGGCCAUGCCCUCGGGCUGGCCCACGAACAGGCAAGAGCAGACCGAGAAAAAUACAUUUACGUUAUUUAUGAAAAUAUUGAAAUUGACUUAAACAAACUUGAUGACCGAAGCAUCAAGAGCUUAUGGUAUCAAGGAGGCCAGUGCAGUGCUGAACAAAUGUACGAUGCCCCGAAGCCCUACGAUUCAAUGUCGUUGAUGCAAUAUGGCACGUCUGAUUUUGGAGGAUCGGACCAGCGUCCUGUUUAUCUUCAAAGAAACCCCAAGUUUCAGUACAUGUUUGAUUACCACAGGGCAGCAGGCUACAUACAAACGCAUUAUGACAAUUACAUCAUAAAUAUGGGAUACAAAUGCAUCCCACAAUGGAAAAAGAGCUGUGAAGCAAGUGGCAAAAGUGUACCAAAGUGUCAAAAUUACGGCUACGUCGGAAAGGACUGUAAAUGUUUGUGCCCGAAAGGUUUCUCAGGAAGCACAUGUGGAACAAAGGAAGGGCCAUUGUUUCCAGUCAUGGACAGAGCUAAGGCAAUGUUAGACGUUACUAAGCCCGGAUUGGUGGAUAUGAAAGGCAAGGGCAUGCAUAUUGAGAAUCACAACUACCCAAAAAAGUCGUUCACAGACAAUCAGUACAUCACCGUGGUAAUUAAAAGCGGAGAAGGCACGCGGAUACAUGUUGAGGUCAUUCACAACCAUGAAGCAGUCAAACGCGAGUUCGCGCGUUCAGCUGACUAUUGGAUAAAAAAGGGUCUUGAGUGUCGAUACGCCUUUCGUUUGUACGUGGGUAACAAUGACGCCGGCAAAAUUCGGGUCGAGUGCAUCUCGUCUAUGAUGAGCAACGAGCCAAAAGAAAGCCGUCCCGUGCUGCGCUCAAACACAAGCGAGCUGGAUUUGGUCGGUAUGGGCGGCUGGGGCCUCUGCUACAAUGGGGGUCCGCCUAUCACCAUGAAGGCCAUGGAGUUUCAGUUCAUGGUGUCAUUUCUGGAGAGGCCUGAGGACAGGCUAAGUGUCAAGGCUAAAUAUCCGGGGAAGGUGGGAGAAACCGUGGACAAGGCAAAGAAGGCAAUAGCGAAACAGCUGCAGAAGAACAAGGUCCCGAUCAUCGUCGGAGUGGUCGGCCUGGUCCUGCUUUUGAUCGCAGCCGGUGGCGGUGCUACCUGGUGGUUCAAAUUCAGAGAGCCCUCAGACGAGGACGAUUCCAAACCGAAGAGCAAGAAACACGUGUCUUCCGACGACGACACAAGCGACAGCUCGGACUGAGAGGACAAACGGUGGUGCUGCUGCGUGAACCAGGCCGUGCCGGAGCGGGUCGCUUCAGACGGGCGCGCUCGGUAACAGAGGCGGAGAGUAUGUUUUAUGACGCUUAGCCGUAAAUGCUGAGUGAUUGAUAUGGCAUGAGACGUGAUGGUCCUAGACUAGCGCUUCGAACAACGAAACUCGAAUGAUCGAAUUGAAACCAGGCUGUAACGAAGAUAGCCUGAUGUUGCAUGGUGUAGAAAAGGGUACCUGAAUACAUUUAUAACUGAUAUCUAUCAGCGAAGCAGGCGUAUAUUGCAAGAAUUAGAAAUAAGACGCCUUCUACACAUAACAUUUUCAAUGGAGGUAAUACACAAGAGCGCUUUCCGAGGGAAA